CUCAGGACGUUCAGACUUCAGAAUCGAUCCCUGAAUUAUCCCAUUAUUGAACCUUAUAAAUCGAUUUUCGCCACGUCAUGCCGCUGAGAGUUAACCUACGCGUCGUCAUGACCGAGAACGCGAAAGGGGAGAAGAUAGAGAGUAUAGAAUCUAUCAGAGGACCAAAAGACGAAAUGUGCUAUAUUUUCCCCCCGGAAUAUCAAGAAAGAAAGUACCAUCAACAAUUAUUCAGUUUACCAACAGUGAAAAAGACCGCAAACAGUCUAACCAAGGUAGGCCAAUAUAGAAAUAUUAAACUCACAAUAGACGAUGAGACAGCAGCACUGUAUAUCGAUAUGGAUUCAAACUUCGUAUUCCGAGACAUUGUCUUAGAGGAAGCAGAAAUAACCUCCACAAGAAAAACAAAGACGGAAAUCGAGAAACUCAACCUGGACAUGGAAAAACUUCUAGAGACCCUUCAAAGAUGAGAUAAGAGGGAAAUAGAGGAAAUAAACUUCAAUAUAGAACGAUUUGAAGGAACUCAGAAAGCCACAAACUGGAUAUCAGAGUAUGAAGAGGAAUGCAAAAAAUACAAAAUGAAAAGCGAUGAGGAAAAAGUCAAAGGUUUGAGAAAGUACCUAGGAAAAACAGCAAAAAGGUGGUACCAGACAAAUCUAUUGAAAACUGGAGGACACAACUGGGAAGAUUGGAAAGAAGCAUUUCUCAAAGCCUUUAAGAAUAAAGGUUGGCCGGCAAUACGAUAUGCUUACAACUUUAAAUACCUUUCAGAUUCAUUCGUAGAAUAUGCAAUAGAGAAAGAACGACUAAUAUUGGAAGUACAAAGGGAAAUGGAUGAAGAGGUGAGGAUACACCUGAUUGUCAUUGGAUUACCUAUCGAAGUCCAGGACAAAAUCGAAAGGGAAAAUAUACAGACAACAAAUGACCUAAUAGGAAUAUAUUUAAAUAUAUUAUGCAAACGUUGGACAACGUUAUGUUUUGUUAAGCUAACAGGAUACACUAAAAGUACAUUAUCAAGAAAGGGGAUGUGGCCCGUAAGCAAGUAUGUUCUUCUAGAUAUGACCAAUCAGACAGUACCUGUGAUGCGGUUAUCUCGGAAGUAUAUUACGGAGUCGGUAGAGAGCGUUUCCUGACCUCUCGCCAGGGAGACAAUAGAUGAGGAUUUAAGGGUGUCGAAUCGGGAUCCAUGCAACGCGAAGGCGACUCGUUCCUUCGCCCUUCCUCUUCCUCUUCGCCCGAUGUGCUUUCCUCUAUGACGAUUUGAGGCUCGCCAUAGUUUGCCACAUUCACAUUCGGCCUGUACCAUUGUCUUCUCAUCUUGAUUUAGAAAACUCUCACUUGAACAUAAAUAAAACGUUUCUUCGUUGAAACCGUAUCAUAGUGGAGAACGAUCGAACAGUACAAAAGAAUGAAUAAAAAUAAGUCACAUUUUUAUUAAUUUUCUUUUGUAUCUAAAAACAAAUCUGAUAGAUUCAAAGAUACAAGAUCUUCCGAUCUUCCUUUAUUGCACGGACGAGCAGUUGCAGAAGCACGUGUUCCCCAGACGGAUGGACAGAGAAUUACAUUAGAGAGACAUACAAGGUUAUAGAAUAGUUGUUUGAGAUUGUGAAGACUGAAGAUUUAAGAUUUAAAGACUGAAGAAGAAAGAUCGGUAGCUCAGGACGUUCAGGUUGUUCGCGAAUGAAAGGGAAUCGUCUCGAGAAAGAAAAAUCGCUUAUAAGUAUUUGAGCACAUCGAACUUUCAACGCUCGAUGAGACGAAUGAGCGAUCGUGGCGGAGAAGGAUCAGGACCAGCUCCUCAGCUAGAUGGCCGAAGAAAUUCGGUCGUUACGAUGGAAAGAGUGUCAUCGACGUUGUUUGGCAGUAAUCGUCAGUUGGACGUUAUGGACAACAUCGCAGACCUAAAAGCGAGGAAGGUGCGCUUAAGGAUGUACAGGACGUCGACGGAGCAAGUGUACGAAAUGCAGCCGCUGGAGGGUAACAGUUCUGUUCAACGUUACACUGAACAGCCGAAACAACGAUUCUUUGAAAUGCCUACUCUGUCGGUUUCGCCGACGUCUUCUCUCCGAAAGCGCGUCUCGGAACUGCCAAGAGCCGCGAGAACACCCGUUUUCGGUGCUGCGGGCAUGGUCUGCUCUAAUAGGGAUCUGAUAUCGAUCCUAAGCUCGGUAGGGUCUUCCGCGACGGAAAUGUCGAAGAAGCCGGAAGAUUUAGCAACGGCCAGUUCAAGUCUUAGGUUCGAUGAAUUGAAGGUAGUGAAGGCGAUGAAGAAAAUGUUCGGUAAAAAGUCCCCUAAUAGCGAGGUCGUAUGGGACAACACUAGUGGAACCAAAGUGGACGCUCAGGUGAAACGUGGAGAAGAUAAUUUGCAAUCAUUGCGGACAAUAUCGCAGUGACAUUAUUA